CAGAGCGUUCAAAACACAGCUUGCCCUCAAUCCUCCCUGAUUUUUUGCUUCCUGCCUCUUGUUUUUGCGCGUAUUUCGCAACUGAAAAAGAGUUAUUUUGGAUUUUUGUUGCUGAUUCUUUUCUUGUUUUAUUUGCCCUUUUUUAUAUAAUGCGGCUGCUUUCCCCAUUUUUACGCCUGAAAACGCUUCGUUACGAGAUUGUUUUCUCUAACAGCACCCGACUGUUUUUUGUUGACUGUUGCUCUUCGUAAACAUGGACUGAUUUAAAACCCGUGCAAAUGCACCUGCCGAAGAAAGGAUUUCCCGCUUUUAAAAUCGAAGAGGUGUGUGUGUCCUGGGUGCAGCCUAGCCUGUGCUGUGGAGGUGAUGAAGAACCCAGGAGAUGUGGAGAGCUGCCGGCUAGUCACCCUGCUGGAGGCGGCGCUGGUGAGAGAGGCUCGCCUCUGGAAGGUACCUGUCUUCAAGAAUGGACGCAUCCAGGGCGCUGACAUCUCUUCAUCCCAACACCAAGAAAUGAUCGUCUGGCUCGGUGAGAUGAGCAGGCUGUUCCAGUUCUGUCCAGAGACCUUUGCACUGGGAGUCUGUGUCCUCAACCGACUGCUGUCCACUGUCAAGGCCCAAACAAAAUACCUGAAAUGCAUUUCCUUUACCUCCUUGGUCCUGGCUGCAAAAAUCAAUGAGGAAGAUGAGGUAAUAGGCUCUGUUACAGACCUGGUUGUGCAGAGCGGAUGCAACUUUUCAACAGCGGAGAUUCUUCGCAUGGAGAGGAUCAUUCUAGACAAGCUGCACUGGGACUUGUACACAGCAACACCAGUCGACUUCAUUCACAUAUUCCACGCCUUAAUCGUCUCGGGCCACCCCCACCUCGUUCCGUCCAUCGGGCUCGGCUCCGGCGUCAGCUGGGACUUGGCAACAGACACCGGUCCCGCUAGGUCGGAGCAUCAGAAGACGCCCCCUGGCUUCCAAGCAGCGUUGUGGACCAGACAGGUGCAGCACUGUAUGGCUUGCCACCAGCUUUGGCAGUUCAAAGGCUCUACGUUGGCCUUGGCCAUCAUCACUUUGGAGCUGGAGGUGCUCACACCCGACUGGUUCUCUGUCUUCACCGAUCUGUUGAAGAAAUCACAGGUUGAUAGUGGCGAGUUCAUCCACUGCAAAGAGAUGGUGGACGAGUACCUACACAGCGUUGAGUUCUCCCUGCCAACCAAUGCCGUGUACAUCUUCGACAGCGCCCUGAUCCAGGACAAGGAGCGAGCUUGGAGCCCCACACAGCGCGCCAGGCAUGCACGGAAGGGUUGCUAUGUGCAGGGGGAGUCGGAUGAGUAUUACGACGGUUUUGGCUGUUUGUAUAACGAGGAGACGACUCCAGGGACAGAGGGUGACGAUGUUAUGGUUUUCUUCAAUUCCCAGCAGAAAAACAUCUCACCGUGCCCACCACUGCAUCCUGUUGUCAACUAGUCUUAACACGAAUCAACACAGACCACCUUUUACAAGUGCACGGUGCUUCCAUUUCACAGUGACAAUGUUACAAACUUCAAAUCGCACUUGGGGUCUCAAUCAUGCGUUCUAUAAGAACACCUUUGACACAUUGACGGCAGAAAGUCGAGUGCUGAUUUUAAUUUUAUUUCAGUCUUUUCUGUUACUUGUCUAUAUUCGAAAUGACUCGAGGCGUGUAUGGAUCAGUGCUUAAGUGAAACCUCUGGACAUGCUUCCAUAUCCUCUCCUCUGUGUGAGAGCUGUGCAGUUGAGAAGAAAUGAUUGGGAGUCUUUGAGCCUAACUGAACAGACACUAAUGUGUCUCCUUGAGGCGACCUUAUUGGUCCCUUUACAUUUCCUUUCUUUUAUAAAUACUAUAUUUGUUUCUACUUUUUCUUUUUUUUUUUUUACAUACCUGUCCUUUAAAAACCUCCAUCAUCUUUUGUUUAACAUGUUGCAGGUAAAUGAUAAGGAUAAAGCAGUUGUACUGUAUAUUUUUUUAAUGUGUUAGAAGCUUUUUCCUUAUGUUUGAGAGUUCAUCUGGAUUUUGUUUGUUUGGGAGUGUCUUGGUGCACAAGUUCCUCCACAUAGCACUUUGAGAUUAUGGCAUGCUUUUUAAUGCAAAUAUUUUUUACAAGUUUUUUUUAUUAUUAUUUGAAUCUCUAACUCACUUGUACAAACCCUCUUUGUGCUAUUUCAACGUUAUUUUUAAAAAGCUAACUUUUCAUAAACAGCUUUAAUUUCAUAACUUAAUGCUGCAAAUAUAUUUUAUUUCAGCCUUUGUUGGUUAUGCUUUAUGCAACUGAUGUUUUCAUAUCAAACGAGAGCAUCUGCAGGAGGUUAGUUCAACACUAGAGUAGAAUGACAAAAAAAAAAGGUUGUUUUGAUAACAAAUUAUCUGAGGGUUACUUGUGUUUUUAUUUAAAAUAUAUUGCAGCAUGAUUACAACAUGAAGUAUUAGGAUACAUUCACCCUGUUUUUAUUUUUCUGUUAUCAGCCAUUUCUGUCAGAGCUGCUGUCAGUUUCAUGACCAUACUGAUGUGAACUGGCAAAAUAUUAUGUAUCAAAAAAUAACUUUUAUUUUAUGUUCACUGAUCAAUGAACAGUUUGUCCAAACAGUCGAAGCCGACAGGCAGCAAACACAUCUGUAAUUUCAGUCUGUGACUGUAGGCACAAUAACUGUGAUGGAAACUAGCAAUUUGAUCUACAAUCUGAACUGGUUACUGUCUCUUUUUUUUAUUUUUUAACUGUCUGUUUCAAUUCAUCCAGUUUUUUUGGAUGUGUCAUUUCACCAAGGACCAAUAUGAAGCAUUUUACUUUGUAUUUCCUUCAUAUACUGAGGCAGCUAUAUGUUAUUGUUUGGUCACCCACAGAAAUAAAGCUACGACUUACAAAGUCUCAAACUGUA